AUGCGUGGCUCUGGGAGUGUGCAGCGUAGCGACCGGCGGUGCACUGUGUCCCUCGGACACAGUGGAUCUCCGAUCAACAGAAAGACCCGAAGAUGUCGGCUGGUCAUGUGAUCAGCUGUGUCAAAUCACAGCUGAUCACAUGAGAGCCAGUAAUCGGCAUUCCUCGGAGGGGACAUGUACACAGAUCAUCAGGGCACUGAUGAUCAGUGUGCCCUGAUGAUCUGUGUAGCCCCAGCUGUGCCACCUGUCAAUGUCCAUCAGUGCCACAUCAGUGCCACAUAUCCUUGCCCAUCUGAGCUGCCUUUCAGUGUCAAACAUCAGUGCCAGUCAGUGCCACCUAUCAAUGCCAGUCAGUGGCACCUAUCAGUGCUGCCAAUCAGUGCCACCUAUCAGUGCCGCCUAUCAGUGUGCAUCAUUGCCGCCUAUCAGUGCCCGUCAGUGCUGCAUAUCAGUGCCAGUCAGUGCCGCCUAUCAGUGCCAUAUAUCAGUGCUGCCUUUCAGUGCCCAUCAGUGAUGCCUGUCAAUGCCCAUCAGUGCCACCUACCAGUGCCUCCUAAUCAGUGCCCAUCAGUGCCACCAAUCAGUGUCCAUCAGUGCAGCCUAUCAGUGCCCAUCAGUGCAGCCUCAUUAGCGCACAUCAGUGAAGGAGAAAAAUCACUUAUUUGCAAAAUUUUAUAACAAAAACUAAGAAAAAUUUUUUUUUUUUUUUUUUAAAUUUUCAGUGGUUUUUGGUUUGUUUAAGAAAAACUAA